UAUUGAUAUUAUCGCUUACCACCAUAGAAUGAAGAAAAACUAUACUUUAAAUGAGAAAUGAUUUGUAAAAAUCCAGGGGAGGGUACACCCCCCCUAAUUUCAAACUAUAUGCAUAUGUCAGCUAUACAUUGUAAAUUGUUUCAGAUAUUUUACACAAUGGAUUUAGACAUCUUUGGGAAUGAUGAUAAUUCUAGUGUUUCUUCCAAUGAUUCAUUCGACACUUUGGAUGAUGUUGAUGAUAUUCUUGAUAUUAAUCUGAUUCAAGAUAUCAAGGACCUUCAACAUUUUCCUCCUCCUGCUGAAAGAUCAGCUAUCUGGCAAAGAAACCGACUGAACCCACUAAAUAUUCCGAACGACAGAGAAUUCAAGGCGAGAUAUCGAUUUAACAAAGAUAAUUUUCGCAACAUUGUAGAAGAACUUUGUCCUCAUCUGAAAAAUCCUACCACUAAUCGUGGCCUUCCAUGUUCACCAGAGUUAAUUGUUGGAACUGGUCUGGAAAUUAUGGCAGGUGGCCACUUUUUUCGAGUGGCAAGCUCAUCAACUGGUGUGUCCACUGGGACUGCCUUAAACCAUCUGUAUAGUCUGGUCGAUGCUCUGAACCUUCUGAACCUACCAGAGAUCAGUGGAAGGUACCUCUACAUGCCCACUGAGGCUCAGCAGAGAGACAAUAUGGUCUCUGUCUUCAAUAGAUAUCUGCUAUCUAAUGUCAUAGCUGGAGUCGAUGGAUGCCACAUUCCAUUUCUGGAGAAACCCCGGGGGAUUCCUGUAGGAAGAGAGCCUGAAAAAUUCCGGAACAGAAAAGGGUUUUGGAGUCUGAAGGCCAUGAUCUUGGGGGGAUUUGACAGACGAAUCUAUAACAUUAAUCUUGGAGCUCCAGGUUCUUAUCACGACACAGCUGUCUGGACACUGUCGCGAGCCAAGGCUUGGUUUGAGGUGAAUUUUCCCCAGAGGUAUGUACUCGGAGAUAGUGCGUAUGCACAAUCAGAUUUUUUGAUGACCCCGUAUUCUGAAGCAGAGUCCCGUAUAGACGAUAAUAAAUGUUUGUUUAACAUUCGGCAUAGCUCUGCAAGAGUGGAUAUGACUGAGAAUAUUUACGGAAUGAUGAAGAGAAGAUUUCCAAUAGUUAAGUAUAUCCGAACUAAGCUCAGAAAUGCUAGUCGAAUAACCACUGCUGCAGCCAUUCUUCACAACAUGGCACUGGACUGCAAUGAUGAAGUUCCUGAUGAUGACCAUCCAGACUGCAAACGUUUAAAGGAUAUUGAUGAUGAGGUUGAUGAGCUCAACAGACCUAUCAUUCUUAAUCAUCUUAAUCCUGCAGAAAGAAAAACCAGGGCUUACCAGAUGCAAGAUAACUGGAGGCUGGGAAUGGAUCCCAUACCAACCAGAAAAGAACGUGGCAUGAUGGCAAACCAUAGGGUUCAGGCUGAAAUCCGAAGAUAUGCCAGGCGCUGAACCCUGUUCUUCUUACCCCGUUCUCUGUACCCUGAGUAAUGUGUACUCUGUACUAUGUACCCUGUACCCUGUACAUUGUACUAUGUAUCCUGUCCUCUGAGCCUUUGCCUGAACUCUGUACCCUGCACUAUGUAUCGUGUACCCAGUACUUUUUACCCUGUACUUUGUACUAUGUACCCUGUACUUUGUAUUAUGUACCCUGUACUUUGUACUAUGUACCCUGUACUUUGUACCCAGUACUUUUUACCCUGUACUUUGUACUAUGUAUCCUGUACUCUGUACCCUGUAUCAACAAAACAUUAAAGCAAAUAAAAAGGUUUUUUUAAAGUUCUCAUGAAAUAUAUCUUUAUUUUUGGUUACACAUCAUAUAUAUAAUGUUUAACAAAUCAAAUGUUGUUUAUAAUACUAGGCUGACA